AUGGAGGGUAGAAGUCGAUGUGGUUGGGAUUGUGCCACUAUAGAAAUGGAGAUUGAAGAGAAGAUCAUAGUCUUCAGACUGACUUUAUACUCCCUUUAUAAUUUUUCUGCAGCCACGCCAAUUGUUCAGAGGUGGAUCAAAGGACCUAUGUGGUUGCAUUUCCUCAUCAGUGCCCCACCCGUCAUUGUCUUCUCUUCAGCUUGUGCUGGGUUGGCAGGUGGUGCCAUUCCAGCACUAGCUCAACUUGCAUCAUCAUCUUAUCAUGCGGCGGUGUCAUCUUCACCAUCGCCGCCUUCAUCUUCAUCGGAGAACAUCCUGGCACAUGAUUAAUUUAUACAUGCCUCUCUUUAUAAAUUAAAUGAUAUGAAAUGGUCAUGAUCAAAUAUAGAACUUCUUCAACUUGUUGCUCUCGCUUCCAUCGAGAGAAGGGGGAAGAUAUCACAAAUCCCGUACUGUCCAUGCCAUUACCUUGCGUACUUCGAGGCAUAUAAACGUUCGACUGCUAGGUUUGGUUGCAUUAUAUUUUUUUAUACCAAAUUUUUUGUUUAUCACGAAACCAACUACUCGAGAAUGCUGGAUUUUGACUCAAAUCUGUUGGAAAGAAUCAAUGGUCUAAGGAAGGAAAAUGUAACUUGUCCAUAUGAAGCGAAUUGUUCGUGUUAUAAAUUUGCUUAUUCUAUGUUUUCUGAAUGGAAUGUUUGCUCCUUUUCUAGCG